CUGAUUUACGAGUUUUCGCGUUGGUGUUGUUUCUUCAUUUGAAGUUUCGCCCGGCAAAAACCUGGCCAAGUUUCAUUGACAAGUUAACCUUUGCUGCAGUGUUGUGCGUGGUCUUGGCAUCAUGAGCUGCUUCUUUUGUGUUUGAAAACGACAGCUGCUCCUUUGAGAACUGUUUCAUCUGAUCGGUCAAGGUACAGCAAAGUUUGUGCGGGAAUUUGAAACAACCUCGACGGGGUCACUGUGGAUUAUGCUGAUAGUUACAGCCAAAUGACACUGCAAUGCCAGGACUGAUGGCAACCAUGACGCUGGAGAGGCACAGCCGCGGCAAAUGGGCCACGCUUGCCUGACGGCAGGCAAUUUUGGCGCCGCCAUGUGGCCCCUCUUGGCGGCUAUCUUACUACUGAGGGCGCCGCCUUCGGUCACCACGGAGUACCUCCAGGAGUUCGACGUUACCGAGAACGUGCCUCUCAUGACCACGGUCGGGUUCAUCGGACAGAGCGCCUCGGCGACUCCACCGCCUCCGCCUCCGUACCUCAUUGUUCCUGUUCCCAACUCUGCUGUUGAUACCGACCUCAGUAUUGACCAAGCCACGGGAGAGAUCCGUACAAAUGUCGUCCUCGACAGAGAACUACGGAGCCAGUACUCCUUCGUGGCGAUCCCCCUCAGUGGCGAGAACGUACGGAUCGUUAUACGGGUUCGAGACGCCAAUGAUAACUCUCCGGAGUUCCCGUCACCCUUCAUGGCCAUUGAGUUCCCAGAAAAUACGCCGAGGGACGUGAAACGGACACUAAGUCCUGCACGCGACCGAGAUUUAGGCGAGUUCAAUACUCAGCGGUACGAGAUAGUAUCGGGAAACGUGAACAACGCGUUCCGGCUCGCAUCUCAUAGGGAGCGGGACGAUGUCCUCUACUUGGACUUGCAGGUGAAUGGUUUUCUUGACAGGGAGGCUACGCCGAGUUACAGCCUGAUCAUUGAAGCGUACGAUGGCGGAAGACCACCUCUUAAAGGUUCUAUGACUGUGAACAUUACCAUACAGGACGUCAACGACAAUCAGCCCAUUUUCAACCAGAGUAGGUAUUUUGCUACUGUAGCGGAGAAUGCCACGGUAGGCACCAGUGUCCUGAGAGUGUUUGCGACGGAUGCUGACGCAGGAGAAAAUGGCCAGGUGCACUACUCUAUUAAUCGAAGACAAAGCGAUCGCGAGAAUAUGUUUUCCAUCGACCCAAACACAGGUGUCAUAUCUGUGAACAAGCCACUCGACUUCGAGUCCAAGGACGUUCACGAGCUUGUCGUCGUCGCUCGUGACCACGGAGCACAGCCGCUCGAGACGACCGCGUUCGUUUCCAUUCGCGUCACGGACGUCAAUGACAACCAGCCAACAAUUAACCUCAUCUUUCUCAGCGACGAUGCAUCUCCAAAGAUCUCUGAGGACGCUAGACCGGGCGAGUUUGUUGCCAGGAUUAGCGUCAAUGACCCCGACUCGAAAGAGGAAUACGCCAACGUUAACGUUACAUUACGUGGCGGCGACGGUCACUUUGGCCUCACCACACAGGACAACAUCAUAUACUUGGUCAUAGUAUCCCAUCCCCUGGAUAGAGAAACGCGUGCCAACUACAGCAUGGUCGUCACAGCGACUGAUAAGGGGAGUCCUCCCCUGAACGCUUCACGGGCAUUCGACCUCGCAGUGACAGAUGCCAACGAUAAUGCUCCGCAGUUUGACAGAGACGUCUACUAUGCUAACGUGCUGGAAGUGGCAGACCCUGGAACGUCAGUGUUGCAACUUUCAGCAACGGAUCGCGACGAAGGGAGAAACUCCGCAGUGCGUUACACUAUGAUGGAGACGCCUGAAACAUACUCGCAGUGGUUCAGGAUCGACGCUGUGACGGGGUUGCUCACGACGCGCACUCACAUUGAUUGUGAGACGAAUCCAGUGCCGAGGGUUACGGUUGUGGCGACAGACGGCGGGGAACCACCUCUGUCGUCCAGUGCUACGGUGGUUGUGACCAUCAGUGAUGUGAAUGACAACGAACCCAUCUUUGACCAGAGCUUCUACAACAUCACUGUUUCUGAGGACGAGAGCGUAGGCAAGUGUCUACUCAAGGUGUCUGCGACUGACCCAGACUGCGGGGUGAAUGCGAUGGUGAACUUCACUCUGGCUUCUGACCUGAGCAGGCCGUUCAUGGGCCCAUUUGAUGUGAACCCCAGCACUGGCCAACUCUGCCUCUCCGCUCCCCUGGACUAUGAACGACGGAGGUCCUACGAAAUACCAAUUUCGGCUACUGACCGUGGUGGAUUGAGCACCGUGGCUAUGGUUAAAGUGCACGUCCUGGAUGUCAACGACAAUCGUCCUGUCUUCUACCCUCGGGAAUAUAACGUUAGUUUACGUGAACAUGAUGUUGUCUCUACACCCGUUGUGGUUGUCGUCGCUAGUGAUCCUGAUUCAGGCGUCUUCGGGCAAGUGCGCUACAGUAUUGUGAACGGCAACAAACGAAGUCUUUUUAGGGUUGAUGGGAACACAGGCGAGAUUUUUGUUGUGGGACGUCCACCUAAAGACAUGGCCUUGCACCACCUGGUUAUCACUGCGGAGGAUGGAGGUGGACUUCAAUCGGAGCUGGAUGCCCACGUCUACAUCAGUAUUCUGAACCGCCGACAACAGCCACCCAUCUUUGAACAGGCGCGCUACAGGUUCCAAGUACGCGAAGAUGUGAAUCCUCGCACCGUUAUCGGCACCGUUGUGGCAAAGCGUACUGACCGAGGUGCUCAUGGACCACGUUAUUCAAUCUAUUCUGGAGAUCCGGAAGGCUACUUCUCCAUUGACCCACUUAUGGGAAGUAUUACUGUUCAGAGAUCCUUAGACCAUGAAGAGCACCCAUUCAUCCUGCUGAAUGUACAAGCAACCAGUGGAAAUCCGCCGUCAUAUGGUCAUACCCAGGUGAAUGUAACUGUGUGGGAUGUGAACGACAAUGCACCUGCCUUUGAAAGUCAUAUGUUGAAGAUCAGCAUACCAGAAAACACGGAUAUUGAAUCGCCCAUCUAUGUAGCUCAUGCAAGAGACCCAGACAGCGGCCGCAAUGGUGCUGUCCGCUAUAGUCUGCAGCAGAACCCAGAAGGGAUCUUCCGCAUUGGUCCCAAGAGUGGAACCAUUGUGUUGCGACGAGCACUGGACUACGAGACGCAUCAGAGAUACGAACUGAUGCUCGUGGCCUCUGAUUCUGGAUCACCCCCAUUGUCCUCCAACAUGACCCUAGCUGUGGAAGUACAAGACGUCAAUGACAACCUACCAGUCUUCGAAAGACCUGUAUACCGUGUUAACGUCUUGGAAUCCUUGCCUGCCAACUCUCAAUUUCUUCAGGUGACAGCCACUGACAAGGAUACUGGAAACAAUGCUAGACUGACAUUUCGGCUCUCGGAUGCUUCACAACAGUCUGGAAAGUUCAGCAUCUUUCCAAACAGUGGUUUCCUGUAUAUAAAGGAAAUGCUGGACAGGGAAGCUGUGGACCAUUAUGCCUUGACUGUAGAAGCAGUUGACAAUGGUGCACCACCACUAACAGCGACUGCUACAGUGCAUGUUCAAGUUUUAGAUGUCAACGACAAUGAUCCAAAGUUUGAUCUGACUGUAUUUGAGUUUGAAGUGAGAGAAAAUGUAGAGAAAGGUCACCAUGUUGGUACAGUCUCUGCACAUGACAAGGACCUUGGUAAUAAUGCUGCGCUUCGCUACACUCUUGUCAGCGCCAAUGAAAGUUUCCAGGUCAAUCCUAUAACAGGUGAAAUAUCCACCAAAGCGUUACUAGACCGCGAGACGAAGGCUACUCACGAACUGGUGGCAGACGUUCAUGACAAGGGAUCUCCACCUCGCUUCCAUCGUGCCACCGUGCGAAUAUCAGUCAUUGACAUCAAUGACAACUCUCCCGUAUUUGUAGAACCAGUCGACACUGUGGUAGGUGUUCGCGAAGAACAACCAGUUGGCACUGAACUUGCCCAGGUGCAAGCAACUGAUGCUGAUGAAGGAAGGAAUGCAGACAUCAUCUAUGAAAUUGUGCAAGGUGGUGGACGAUCAGAUGGAUCCGCUGCUUUUGCCGUUCACCGUACCUCUGGUGUUGUAACGACUCGAAUGGUGUUGGAUCAUGAGGAAAGGGACCGGUACACAUUGGUUAUUGUUGCUAGAGAUAAUGGAUCUCCACCUCGAGAGUCUCGCCUCACACUGCAGGUGCAAGUGUUUGAUUUAAAUGAUCAUCAGCCAACCUUCUUUACGUCAUCGUUAAAUUUUCACAUCAUGGAAGGUUUGCCAGUGGGGAGGGAAGUUGGUGUAAUUCAUGCAGUGGAUCAAGAUGCUGGUGAUAAUGGCCAUGUGACAUACAUGAUUGCUGGUGGUAACCUCUACAAUGUGUUUGAUAUUGGAAAGACAACUGGAGUGUUGUACACCAUUCGAGAAGUUGACUAUGAGGUGGCUUCAGAGUAUACACUGCAAGUGACAGCUGUAGACAGCAGCGCCACGAAUCCUCGAAGCAACGUCAUCAACGUUCGAGUGAAAGUAGAUGACGUCAAUGACUGCAUUCCCACAUUCAAAGAUGAUCCUAUCAUGUUUUCUGUACCUGAAAAUGUACGGCAGGGAACACCAGUUUGGAACUUCAGUGCUUCAGACUUGGACAGUGGUGUCAAUGGCAAAGUGCGGUACAGCAUUGCUGAGCAGUCCCCAAUGCCAGCAUUCCAGAUCAAUCCUGCAACAGGUGUUCUCACACUUGUAAGCUCACUGGACUAUGAGACCAACUCUGAGUUCACUGUCAUAGUUAAAGCUACAGAUCAGGCUAAAGAUCCAGAUAAGCGGCUGUUCUCCACUGCAACCUGCAAGAUUAUUGUAGAAGAUGAGAACGACAACACUCCAAUGUUCAAGUCUAAAGGCCAAGUCGAUGUUAUGGAGGAUGAACCUAUUGGAUACACAGUACUCCACAUCAUUGCUGUUGACAAAGAUUCUCGAGACAAUGGGCGUGUGACCUACAUAAUCAAUAGCGGAAAUGAGAAGGGUCACUUCUCUCUUGACUACGAUUCUGGAUUGCUCUCAAUUGUGAAACCACUAGACCGCGAAGAAACCAGCCACUUUGUGCUCAACAUCAGUGUUUCUGACCAUGGCCGGAUACCAAGAUCUGCCUUUCAGGUGCUGCACAUAUACGUGCAGGACGUCAAUGACAGCCCACCGCAUUUCCUUCACGAAAAGUAUUAUGCAAACAUUUCUGAAGCUUCCCCUGUUGGAACAUCUGUAGUAACCGUGCAGGCGGCCGACCGUGAUCUAGGAUCAACCAGCAAUCUUACGUAUACCAUACCCUCAGGAGUGGCAGGCAACAAGUUCACUGUGCACCCUCAGACAGGAGUCAUCAAAACGACUGCCAAGUUAGAUCGUGAAACCAUGCCAUCUUAUUAUGUGACUGUGUAUGUGGCAGACGGAUCAUUCCACUAUGACACAGCCCUCGUUACGAUUGAUGUGAGCGAUAUCAAUGAUCAUCCCCCGAAGUUUGGAGAUUCCUGUUAUCCACUCUACGUUCCGGAGAACAGCGACCUACGCGUCAUUCACACGCUCGUAGCAUCUGACGAGGACACUGGAAGGAAUGCCGAUAUCAUGUACAGCAUAACAGACGGCAACCUUGGCAACAAAUUCAGCAUCGACUUACGUUCGGGCCGUCUCUCUAGUCGGCCCCUUGACCGUGAACAGCAGUCUCAGUACCACUUGGUAGUCAUUGCUCGUGACCAAGGCGAUCCUCCACGAACUGGAACCUGCAACAUCACUGUGCAUGUCCUUGAUGAAAAUGAUAAUGACCCCCAUUUCGAGCAUUCUGAGUACAGUGCAACCUUGCCAGAGGAUGCCCCACUCAAUUCUACUGUCCUGGUUAUCAAGGCAAUGGACCGUGAUGAAGGGCUCAAUGGGCGUGUUACAUAUUCGCUUGGUAACGAGACUGCAUCGCUUUUCAACAUCGACAGUGACAGUGGAGUAAUCACUACUGCAGGCUUGUUUAACCGGGAGAAGAAAUCUAGGUACAUGUUUGAGGUCCGGGCAUCAGACAGUGGCAAGUACGAUGCACGCUGGGAGAGAGCAGUUGUACAUGUGACUGUCGUGGACAUCAAUGACAACCGACCAGUGUUUACAAAGUACCCAUUUGUGGCCAGCGUAUCUGCCCAUGCACACUCUGGAACCCAGGUGUCAUAUGUCCAAGCCAUAGAUGCAGACGAUGGACCAAAUGCUGAAGUGUUCUACAGUUUUCCAAAUCCUGUGAUGUCACACAAGUUCCACCUGGACCCAGACACUGGACUCGUUACCAUAGCUGGGAGCUUGUUGUCAGACAAUGGCAAUGUCAUUCAUGUAGAUAUUGUUGCCCACGAUCGUGGAAGGCCACCAAAGAUGUCCACAGGUGUGCUGGAAGUUCACGUUGGACCUGGCACUGCUUCAGUGCCAUCGUUGCAGUUUCAGAACAACACAUAUCAUGCCCAAAUAUCAGAGGUCUCCCCAAGGGGUACAGAGGUGCUAAGAGUACGUGCGUACCCACCUGAAGGGACGUCAGCACAAAUCACUUAUGGUUUUAACUCAGAAAAUGAUGGAGGACCUCUUACAAUUCAUCCUACGAAUGGGGUUAUUCGAGUCCGUGAUCCAAAACAGCUAGACUAUGAAGGUGGUUCUAGUAUUACUCUAGUUGUGAUAGCAAGAACAGAAGGCCUUAUUACCAUGUAUGGCUACGCAACAGUGGUUGUGGAUCUUAUCGACGAAAACGAUAAUGCUCCAAGGUUUUCUCAAGAACGAUAUGUUGCUUCUGUCUGGGAAGGCAACAGCAAAGGCACAUUUGUUGCACAGGUAUCUGCACUGGACGAAGAUAAGGGUGGCCGGCUGCUUUAUCACAUUAUCGAUGGCAACCACGAUAAUGCUUUCGUAAUGGAGCCUCCUUUAAGUGGCAUCGUGAAGACUAAUAUAGUCCUGGACAGGGAGAUAAGGGAUUCUUAUCUGUUGACCAUCAUUGCCACAGACACAGGAGAGCCACAACUCACUGGCACUUGUACCUUGCGUGUCUCUGUGGUUGAUGUGAACGACAACCAGCCAGUUUUCCCUCCAGACACUGUCGUUAGUGUCAGUGAAGGGGCUGAAGUAGGAUCAGUGCUAACAACUAUCACGGCUAACGAUGUAGACACUCACCCAACUCUGACAUAUACUUUCGCUGAUGGCGACAGUAAUCCCGAGUCAUUGUUUGCUGUUGACCGCUUCUCUGGGCGGAUCACACUUGCUGGAGGCACACUGGACCAUGAACGACGGCAUUCUUACCAGCUGCGGUUACGUGUCUCUGACACAGCCCACGUUGCAGAGACACUAGUGACAGUGCACGUUACAGACAUCAACGAUAAUGCCCCGAGGUUCACUCAGCAGUCAUACCACGCUCUGCUAGCAGAGUCAGUGAGCCUGGGGACUUCAGUGAUAGCAGUUAGUGCAACAGAUAUGGACUCUGGCAAUAAUGCUGCCGUCCGCUAUGCGUUAGUGGAUGGGGCACGCACAGGUUUCUACAUACAUGAAAGCACAGGGGUGAUCUACACAAAUAGAAGCCUUGUGUUUGAUCCGAAGCACCCCAUAAUACAGCUGCUGGUAAGAGCAACAGACAGAGGAGAGCAAGCAUUGUCUAGUUUGGUUGCAGUACGCAUUCAAGUAGCUGACGUGAACAACAAUGCACCAAAGUUUCUUGAAGGCGUUUACAGAUCAUGGGUGCUGGAAGAUGCCUCCCCUGGUUCGACUAUACUGCGUGUCUCGGCAACAGACAUGGACGUUUCCCGUGACAACCAUAAUAUCAACUACUGCAUUGUGGAUGGCAAUGAGGGCAACACCUUCGUCAUUAGCGGUUCUACUGGAGAGAUAGUCCUUGUCCGCUCACUUGACAGAGAACUACUGGCACAGUAUACACUGCGUGUUGCUGCCAUGGACCGAGGUACACCUUCCAUGAAUGCAACAGCACAAGUUGUGGUAGUCAUUCAGGAUGUCAACGACCAUGCCCCUGUUUUCAAUCAAACAUUGUAUGAAGCCUCCGUUUCUGAAAUGGCCACAGUGGGUACACGCGUGAUUCAGGUUGCAGCCACUGACAAGGAUGAGGGGCAGCACGCUCGUGUCACCUAUGACAUCACUUCCGGCAAUGACGAAAAAGUGUUUGCUGUCGAUUCACAGACAGGACUCGUGACCGUGACAGGAUCAUUAGAUUAUGAUACUAUUCAAGAGUACAAACUUGUCGUAAGGGCCACCGACGGGGAUCAACGUCGUCCAUUAUCAGCACUGGUUAGCAUCAUCAUUCGAGUCAGGGAUGAGAAUGACAACAAUCCUCUUUUUCCUUUGGCAAUGUACACGGAGUUUGUCGAGGAAAGCUCACCAGUCGGUACUGUAGUAUUUACUGCUCGUGCUAUGGAUGCUGAUCGUGGCCAAUACGGAAGACUUAACUACACUCUCGCUGAAGGUGAAGGUCGUGACAAAUUUCGCAUUGACCCCAGCUCUGGAGUUGUAACCACUGAAGCUGUAUUUGACUAUGAAUCAAAGAACCGAUACUACUUUACUGUACUUGCUACGGAUGCUGGAGGAAAGUAUGCCACAGUACAAGUACAGGUCGACAUUGAGAGCAGGGAUGAAUAUCCACCAUCGUUUCGACAGAAAGCCUACCGAUUCUCGAUUCCUGGUGAUGCGUCACUUGGCUACACAGUUGGACAAGUACAUGCCACAGACCUUGAUCAAGGACCGGAUGGCAAAGUCCUCUACCAUCUCCGAGGCAAUAAUCCAUACUUCAAGAUGAAUGCCACCACAGGAGUUAUCACACUGAGAACAGCACCUUCCAGACAAGACACCAACUUAGAAGUGGUAGCUGGCACAGGAAGACCAGGGUCAUUGACCGCAACUGUCGUUGUGCAGGUCGGAUUGGACUUUUCCCUUAAUGCAAGUCGUGUUGCCGAAGAACAGCCUGUCGGAACGCUACCAGCUUGGGGUGUGGGACUUGUUGUCGUGCUGGCUAUCGUAGCCGCCGUUUUGUUAACAUUAAUUGUGCUUCUAAGGCUGCGUCACAAGCGGGGUGGCAAGCCUGCUGUGGAUGGCGGCUUUGAUUCAACAUUUGACACUGUCGACAUCCGCCAUACCACUGCUCAACCACCUGGAGGUUCUGGUAUGCCGCAGUUUCCUCCACACUAUAAUGAAAUCUCGCAUUAUGACACCCCAGACGAUACUCCACACCUAAAUGGAGGAGGAACAACAUCUGAAGCAUCUGAACAGUCUCAUUCAGCCUCAAGUGGACGGGGUUCUGCUGAAGAUGGAGAUGAUGUAGAGGAUGAAGAAAUUAGGAUGAUUAAUGAAGGCCUACAGAAGAGACUCGAUGAAGACGAUAACGUGUCUGACGUCUCCAUCCACAAUACUCAAGAGUACCUUGCCCGUCUCGGCAUCAGCACAGGUGAUGAAUCAUGGACGUCACAUAAAACGUCCACAGAAAAUGUUUACGACGUCGAAGAUGAUGAAGCGGGGGAUGAUGUCUCCAGUUUAAUUUACACCAAACUAAAUGAUGUAGGGUCUACGCAGGACUCUGUUACAGAGCAGACCUUCGGCUUUGAUGGGGCUGAACCUUCCAUGACAGGUUCACUUAGUUCCAUAGUGCACAGUGAAGAAGAGCUUACUGGUUCCUACAAUUGGGAUUACCUCUUGGACUGGGGGCCACAGUACCAGCCGUUAGCGCACGUCUUUGCAGAGAUUGCGCGUCUCAAAGAUGAUACAGGUACUACGGGGUCUACGAGGACAGUGCAAGGUCGAAAAUUUCCUCCGCCACCGCUUAUAACAAAUGCGGUGGCACCAUGUAGUGUCGCUCCAGUGGCGCUCAACACAGGACUUGCUAGUCAGCCCGUGCUUCUUCCUCGAUCACCCAUCGGGGUUGAAGGUUACGCAUCGGCCAUGUGUCCCAGUUUCUCACCUUCCUUGUCACCACUUGCGACCAAGUCACCUUCUGUGUCACCAUUAGUGCCUUUGUAUGCAACAAACUCUGUGCAGUCAUCUAUAGCAGCUGCACGUUCCUCGCAGCGUUCCUCCAUACACAAUUCCUCACCAUGCUCUGGAAAUGAACUCCGGAUCUAGUUGUGUACAUAGAUACUGUGGUGCGUAUGACUUUGCAGAGUGUGCGUAGGUGGGUCUGUGUUGUAGGGGCUUACAAAUGCAUUCAGGACAUGUGCAACGAGUGAAAGUAUACAAAUUGAGAUGUACUCUAUACAUGUGAUCAUAUCGCAUUAGUGGUUGAACGUGGGUUGCAUUCUUAAAAUAACAAGGUUUAUGUCUUGAGGAAGAACUCAGGCUGGGAUGGCAAGGUUCUGCCCUUGCCACUUCUAAGCAGUUUACCAUUUCUGUGACCUGGCUCAGGUAAGCACCCAACUAACCUGCCACCAGGGAAAUAACAUUGAACUUGAGGGGGGCUGGAUGCUAGCAUGGUGUUACUUAUCACAUGCGUAAGAGCAGACACACACACAAAAGUAAUAAUAAUACUAAUAACAAAUAAGGAAAUAAACGAGAAAAAACAGGGUGCCAAGAAAGCAUAGAUUGUUUAUCUGUCAUUUCUGCAGAAUCGCUUUGCACCCAUUCGGGGUUUAUUUUGCACAGUUACACAGUAGUACGUACACACCAUUUUCUUUUUUGUCUUUUUCUUGUGUCUGCACUCACGUACGCGACACAUUCUACCGUGCCCGAACCCGGCUGCUUUCAGUGAGUCUAAUACUGCUUCUCUAGUGGCCCACCAGUCAGUUGCUUAUCAGGGCCAAGUCAUUGAAUGACUUAGAAGUGGCAAGGACAGCACAGUUUGUAAACCAUGAAAGGAUGAAAGGGGAUUGUUUGCAUUCAAAAUGAAUAGCUGCCUCUGCUAGCUAAAACUCACGUUUACUAAACUUAUUGGCUUAAUUUAGCAUUAUAUGAAAAUGCUGUGGACAUUCACUGAAGUUCAUUCUCAGAGAACCUGAUAUGUUUGAACUUUGAACCUAACUGUUGCAUGUAUGGAUGAAUGCAAGAUGCAAGUUUUGUGGGGUCUGUUGUAAAAUGAUUUGUAAAUUAGUGUGACUAACACGGAACACAGCAAUGCUCUUCUGAACAAAUUUUGCCACAUCCAAGAACUUCCAAGACGGCUGAAGUUAGACUAUAAGUGAGAUAUUGUUGAUAUUUGUUGAAAAAACUUUAGUCACUGCAAAGUAAACUCCUUUUGUAUAUAUACUCUUGCAGACAUUUGUAUAUAUGUUGAUUUACACAAUUCCAUUGCCAUGUCCACCAAUUCCAAUUCUGUACAUUAUACAGCUUCUCAAAUUUUACAUGUCCUGCCAGGGUAAUGGGAAUCUACAUUCAAGGCCACUUUUGGCCUAGUACUUGUACAUAUUGUGAUAUUUUAUUGGCAUCUCCACAUGCCUUUCUCAGACAUCAGCGCUGCCACGUUUGUUUCUAUGCUGUUUACCUAGCACUUAAAUCCAAGCAUUUUCUUGGACAUUGUAAAUAGUUCAUUUUAGCACUAUUGCUGGCACAGAAACCCAAUGACAAAAGAAAAGUGUGACUUUAAGGUCUACCUCAUUGAAAUCACCAGACUAGAACGUCCCACAGGUGUCCUCCCCUCUUUAUGCCCAACUUGGCUGUCCGUAGCAAAAUACUUCGAUAAGAGUCGGACCUGAGCCUUACAAAAUUUCACUACCGAAUAGUCAGCAUCCCCUAUGUUUCAUCUAGCGAAGGCACACAAACGUAACAUUCCAAUAAAGAGUACACCGACAUAUUGUCAUAAACAAUAUAAACAUUCACAUAACCUGCUGAUUUACCUGUAAUACAUGUCUGAGAUGCUUCCAAAGACUGUGCAAUUGAGCAAUAAGCCUGUACAAGGGAUACGCUAUGUUGUUUCCGUGCAAAUAAAUCUAUAUUUUUGAGUGCUCGACAAUACCAGAGCAGUGUAAAACAUGUUUGCAUUAUCUUCUUAGGAAGAUAUACAAAGAUGGAAACACAAUGCUGAAAGUUGUUGUACAAAGCGUACAUGCACAGGCAAUGGCGGUUCAAAGGGGGGUUAGGCGAUCGCUAUGUUAGACAUUAGCUUUCCCCCUCUACCCUCCCCGGUUACACGCUUCGACAAAUAAAUCACCCCCCCCC